AAAUCAAAUACGUUUCAAUAAAACCACCAAAAAAACCCCGAGCUUCACACAUACAUACUCUCAGGACUUGAGGACGAAGAAGAAGAAGAUCGCGACUGUGUGCAUACACCGAUCACUUAUUUACAUCAUAUCAUCGAUCAAUCACGUUCGAGUAGCAGUGUUACAAAAAUAAAACCCAUACAAACAAGAGCGGAGUAGAAUGAUUUGAUGCCAUUUGUCUUGGCGUUCCUCUACAAUGUCCGGGAUACUUAAUUCAGGUGUGAAUGGCUCAACAUCAACUUUUCCAGACGCCACUGGAAGAGCUUUUACUACAGCAUUUUCUGCUCAGUUAGGCUCCUCUGCUGCUGAUAUGAACCAUACUGAUGCAAUAGGGUUGCGAAGCAUAAAUGGGAACUUCAACAUGCCCAGCAUGCCUGGGGCAUACACAUCAAGAAAUUCGGGAUUAAAUGGUCCUUUGAAUGGUGUACAACCACCUGCGGGAAGUAUAUCUAAUGGACGAUAUGCAGUAAAUAAUCUUCCUGUUGCACUUUCUCAGCAAUCUGCUGCCAGCUCCCUUGGACUUUCUGGGAUUACAAACAAUGGAGGGUCAGGUAUAGCACAAAGUUUAGGGAACAGAGAACAAAUUAUAAGCUCAAUGGCAAUGGGUAACCUUGUUAAUGGUGGAAACAUUGGAAGAAGUUUAAGCUCUGGUGGACUGAAUAUGCCUGGGGUUGCUUCUCGCUUGAAUCUAACUGCACCCCAGAUGGUAUCUCUGCUAGGAAAUUCUUACUCUGCAGCUGGGGGGCCACUCUCGCAAAAUCAAUUUCAAGCAGGGAAUAAUCAUUUAAGUUCGAUGGCAUUGUUAUCUGAACUGAAUCGUGACCAUUCUUUUGACAUGAACGAUUUCCCUCAGUUAAGUGGGCAUCUUAGCUCUGCUGGUGGUUCUCAAAGACAGCUAGGGGGAUUGGCGCGCAGGCAAAAUGUGGGUUUUAUGCAACAAAACCAAGAAUUCAGCAUUCAAAAUGAAGAUUUUCCUGCUUUACCUGGAUACAAAGGUGGUAAUGCUGAUUUUCCGGUUAAUAUGCACCAGAAGGAACAACUUCGUGAUAAUGUGGUGUCUAUGAUGCAAUCCCAGCAACAUUUGCCUGUUGGAAGAUCCGGUGGAUUCAGCUUGGGAGGUGCAUAUUCAUCACAUCAACAACAGCAGCAUGCUCCAAUAAAUGGCGGUUCCUACAUUCCUGCAAACACUCUAGAUCUCCAUUUUCAUGGUUCUGAGGCAAGAAACUCGGGGAUGCUUGCCACUGGAUCAAGACCUGUAAACUUGUCAAACACAGUAUCGGGUGGAGGAUCCUAUGAUCAACUCAUGCAGCAGUAUCAACACUUCCAAAAACAGUCGCAGAUACGCCUUGUCAGCCCAUUUCGGGACCAGGAUUUGAAGUCACCCCAGGCAUCUCAAUCUGUUACCGACAGAUUCGGAUUGCUAGGUUUAUUGAAUGUCAUAAGGAUGAACAAUCCUGAUUUGACCCCCCUUGCUCUAGGUAUUGAUCUGAUGACACUAGGUCUAAACUUGAAUUCUCCCGACAAUCUGUACAAGAAAUUUUCAUCUCCAUGGUCUGAUGAAUCUGCAAAGGGCGAGCCCCAUUUUGCCAUUCCCGAGUGUUUCAAUACCAAACAACCAUCUCUCCUAAAUCAAGAUAGUUUCUCGAGAUUUUCUCCAGAGACUUUGUUUUAUAUUUUCUAUAGCAUGCCGAAGGAUGAAGCCCAGCUGUUUGCAGCAAAUGAACUGCACAAUAGAGGAUGGUUUUAUCACCGAGAGCUACGCCUAUGGUUCUCAAGGGCUCCAAACAUGGAACUGCUAGUUAAGACAAGCACUUACGAGCGAGGUUGUUACUACUGUUUUGACCCCAACACCUGGGAAACAAUUCGAAAGGACAACUUUGUUGUCCAAUAUGAAAUGGUGGAAGACCGUCCGGUGCUCCCCCGUCGUUAGUCCGAUCAUAUGCAGCCAGGAAGGGAAGCACAUGGACUUUUGUUUGAUUUAAAUCAAUCUUUUAGAAGAAGUUAUAACAGUAGUAGUACUAUAUACAAUUAAGCCAAGUAACAAAGAUACAUCUUAGAAAACAUCAAUGUGCUGUUUCAGUUCAGAUAUAUGCAUGCUUUUAAUAUUUGUGUUUUAGAAAUCUCAUCACAAAUAUAUAUGUUGUACUUUUAA